CAGUUCGAUACAGACAUGUAUUUGUAAUUGACGUGCUCCAUAUCUCCAUAUCCUAUGGGGUCAACCUGUACUUGGUUUUACGGAACGUAAACAAAUUCAAGUUCAAACACAACAUGGUUGGAUAAUUAAAAAGUUAUUUGGUUAUUUUAACAAGAAUAAUCUCAGGUCUCGACUGCUCAUUCAAGGCCUACCAUCUUUCAAACGAAAUCUGUGACCUCUGCGAUUCACACCCAAAUAACUGUGCGUAGUUUGAUACUUUCUUUUUGUCGACUUUGGUAUAUAAUGCCGGCCACUUUUUAUUUUUAAUUUCGUCGUCAAGGGUUUCAGCCCUUGUGUUACUGACACCCUGUCAUCGUCACCAUUGUUGUUGUCUUUCGAUCAUUGGCGAUCAUUGGUAUGGUUGAUAUGUGAGAAGCGGUCAGGCGUCGUUAGGUAUUGUUCGGUUGGUUAGGUAGUCGGUUGAAGUAGGUAGGUCGUUGAAUCAGUUGAAUGUUUGAUUGGUUUGAGAUCAUUCCUUUCGCUUGAUUUAUCCACACUAAGAACAUUAGAGGGCAGUUUUUAUUAUAUUGUAUGUUAUAUCUAAAAAUCAGCAGACAACAGGACCAUAAAACUGAUGAAUAGCAGCAGCAUGAACGAUGGAUGGAACUCUGAUGGUGAAAGCCGGACAGAAUACACUCCAAUAUAUUCCAAAACUUUUGCUCGUGGAGGUAACGGGAGAAGUGGGGCUACAGGACGUGAUUAUAGAAACUGGCAUGGUGGAAGGAAUAGCCAUACAAAUAAUUAUAAAUCUGAAGUAAGGGAAAGUGGGCAAGGCAUUCAAGGUGGAAGGUUUGAGCACAACAGAGGGCAAAAUCGAGAUGGUAGGAAUUGUCAAGAAUAUUCCUCUGGUGGUCGUAAUGAUCGAGAAUAUAACUCUGGUGGACGUAAUGACUGUGGAAUGGGAUGUGAUAGAACUGAAGUUUUAAUAAAGGCGUGCGAUGUUGGGAAGAUAAUUGGAAAAGGUGGAACCAAAAUUCGAGAGCUGCAAAAUGAAAGUGGUGCACACAUUCAGGUUGGUAAACCAUGUGAUGAAGAUUUUGGCCAGACGACUUCAGUUAUUCUCUUUGGAUCUGUAGAUUCAGUAGCUAAGGCAAAACAUUUGAUUGAAGAUUUUUUGAAUAACUUCAGCACAAAAAGUGAUGGAAGCGGUUGCAGUGGUACUGGAGGAACUGAGACUGCAGUUGUUGAGCCUGAACCACAGAAGCCACAGAUAGACUGGGCUAAGGCUAGCAGAAUCUUCGAGGAAGCCCAGAAAGAACGGUGGAGUAAGUGUCCUCCAUUACGUAAAGACUUUUAUAUUGAGGAUCCGGAAGUUGCGAAUAUGUUACCAGAAGAAGUCCAGAGAUUCCGGAAGGCAAAUAAUAAUAUUGUUGUGAGCUAUGUGUUUGAUGAAGUUGAAAGUGGAAUACCUAAUCCUGUGCAGACAUUUGAGCAAUGCUUUGCACAUUACGCAGAAAUUUUAGAGGAAAUUUAUAAGCAGAACUUUGAUGUUCCAUCACCCAUACAAUGUCAGGCUUGGCCAGUUUUAUUAAAAGGUCAUGACCUUAUUGGGAUUGCACAAACUGGCACAGGGACUUCAAAUGUUCUCAAACAGCUCUCAGAGAAGGGACUGAGUGUUUCAUCUCCUUCUUGGAAUGAUAAUAGGACUGUGAUAACCAAUGCAAUAGCAGUAUCCGCUAACUCAGGCCAAAUUGGAGCUGUUCUAGAUACAUCUUGUAAUUUGGCUGUACAGUUUCUAAUAUGGGGAUCCUUGGCACAUAUUUUCCAUAAAUGUGGGAUCCACUGGUUGUUUCUCUAUUAUGGGAACUGGAAAUAUGGUUAUUUCAGUCCAAUAAAUAUUAUUCAUCAAAACAAUUAUACCAGUCUUGUAACAUCUACUGUUACCAUUGCAUUACUUGACUGUUACCCUGUAAUUCCACUCAUUCGUGGAAAAUCAUUAGAUCAUCUUGGCUCAGAAAGUGGUGAACCAAGAGAAGUUACAGGACACUGGAGUCCAGGCCGUGGGUUGAAAAUCUUGUCCAGUAUUUCCAAUCAAAGUGAAAUAUAUGACCUUGGAGGUGUGGUGCUCAAUAUAGCAUCUUUGAGGUCAUUCAAUGCUUGGCAGAGCAGACAGAUGUAUGACUGGUCUCUUUUUCAAUUAUUAAAGGAGAUACUUAACUUCAGGUUUCAGGUUGUUGAAUCCAGGGGCCCAUUCAAGAAUUCAGCAGACCUUUGGCUUCUCAAACAGCUGAUGAGAGGUCAAGCAGAUAUUGGUGCAUCCAGCAUUCUCGUCACUCAUGAUAGAGUAGGAUUAGUUGAGUAUACUGUGGCUGUUGAGAAGUUCAGGCCACAGCUGUACUAUAAAGUGCAGUCUGUAAGGGCUGCACGAAAUAUCUACAUCUUACCUUUCUCAAUUGGUGUCUGGACAUCACUAUGCUCACUUCUGUUGGCCAUCACUGUUGCACUCACAUUCAUCCUCUGUCGGGAGUCACAGCUACCACAACAAGAAUUUGGGUUAUUAAUCAAUGAGGGAAAGACAGUUGAUAAGCCAGUGCAGCUAAAGUGGGAGCUCAGUGAAGUUCUGCUGGUUACCACAGGAGCAGUCUGUCAACAAGGUUCAUCUCGUAAUCCUACAACAUCAGCAGCAAGAACACUAUUUAUUGCCCUGUUCGUGUUGGCAGUGUUGACAUACACAGCCUAUUCAGCUAGCGUUAUUUCACUACUGUCAUCACCAAGCUCUGUGACCAGCACACUUCAAGGUAUCUUGCGCCAUGGCUCCAAGAUGGGCCUUGCUCUCCUCAACAUACAUUACUACCACUCACACUUCAAGAAUGAAGAUAAUGCUGUUUCUCGCAAGCUUCACAAGAUUGAGGUUUCACCAUCAUUCUUGGAACUGGCUGAUGGUUUGGAAUCCACAGUGAAGGGUGAAGUUGCAUUUUGUGCUGACAGAGUGGAUGCAUACACUUACCUGCAUCAUAGUCAGCAAACAGAGGAAGCUUUGUGUAGUGUAGGAAAGAUCCCAUUGCUACAAGGUCCAGAAUAUCAGCGUGCCUUUGCUCUCCCACUCUCUUCACCAUUUACAAAACCUAUCAAUUUUGGUCUGAUGCGCCUCAUGCAGUUUGGUCUAAUGGCACGAGAACGUCAGCGGUGGUUUGAAGUAAAACCAUUGUGCGAUUCGCCUGAGCCACCUGCAGGAACAAGCUUUAUCAGUAUUGCACUUGAUGACAUCUGCCCUAUUCUGUAUCUCAUCGCUUUUGGAAUUGCUUGUUCAUGUGUCCUGGUGCCAAUUGAGUGCAUCACCCAUUACUGUAUGAAGCUCUACACACAGAAGUAUAAAAGUAAACAAAAUAAAGGAAUAUCAAGACAGAAGGUAAUGAGAAUAAUGUAUGACACUCAAAAGCGAAAGCACACAACAGUUGUAUGGUGGAUCUCCAGGGCAUGGCAGAGGUUUCGUCGCAGUCUUGCUAAUGCACCUUUUCCUUUCAUUCAUUAGUAAGAAGUGAGAAACCUGAAAAUCAACUAAAGCAAACAAAAAUGUAUGCUAUACAUCACUGUUCACCAUCUACACUUAAAUUCACCAGAUAAUAAUUAUUUUUCUUAGGUCAUGACUACCUUCUCCAACAUCUUUAGACAUUCAUAUUAUCACAUUGCCAUAUGUAAUUCAGUCCUACGUAAAUUUAGCAACUGAUACAGGAACAUAAAACUCAUAAAUCAUAACAUUCUCAUAUUUCUACAGGAACACUAUUCACCAUUCAUCAAGAGCUCUGUUAAUGAGCUGCACAUGUCUUUGUACCCAUAGAUGUCUGUAUCCUGUAGACACAUGGUGCUUGGCAUGCAUGGAUUUUACUACUGACCACAAUGAUGCCAACAGUAGGUGAUUGCCAGUGGCUUGUUUGCAAAGUCUGGAUGGUCCAACCACAUGCGUGUAAGUUACUGAAGUUAUAGUGACUGAAAUGAACUCCAAAGUCACCUGCAGAAAGAUGAAAAUCACCAAUGCACUUCUGAUUUCAUGUAAGUGCAGGUAAAAACCAAAACAUGAAUGAGUAAUUAUUUAUUUUAUAAAUAUUAGAACAGUGGCUAAGCUAGAAUGAUGAAAGGCAUGCAUAUAGCAAAUGUUUAUUAAUUCUUUCAGCAUACAUUAUAUUUGUAAAUAGUGCUAUCCUUGUAGCGGUGGCGGCGGCAGAAGCAGCUUAGAAUAAACAAUAGUUUAAACAUACACUGUGUAUGCAUCUAAAACCAUAUUUCAGCCUUCUCUCACAGCAAUGCUGGCACUCGACUCACCAUUAGAUAAUGUUAGCCUUAACAGUCAUAUGAGUGUUGCAGUACUUUAACUGUCAGAAUAACGUACAGAUGUGACAAAUUAUAAUGCCACCCAGAAUAUGUAUGAUAGAGCUGCCAACACCCAAAAGAGUAUAGGAAGUAUUUGGCAACAAACUGGUGCCUGCAGUAUGCUCUACAGAAACCAUUACAUCUCUGUAAAAACAUCAGCCUCAGCUGUCAUAGUAGGUACAGAUGGGGCUACCACCUCAACAUUACAAUUGCAGGCAGCGUCACCAAUCUUGCCUGUUACAUACACUUACAGCAGCAGUCAUUACAAUGGUAACAGUGGGCAACCCCAUUACUGCAUUACAUUAUGAUACGGUGCAAGGGACACAGUUUAGGUGAUUUUUAUUAUCCUGCUUUCCUAAAGUAGGCUUAUGGGUUCUCCAUGCUAUCUGUGUAUCCCCCACUAUUAACUUCUGAAUGCCUG